UUUCCUACCAUCUCUCUCUCUCUCUCUCACUCACUCACUCACACACACACACACACACACACAGUCUCAUGGGUAAUGCAGCAUCUUGUGCACCUUCAAUAAUCUCCAGUGGUGUAGUGAAGGUGAUGAUAUUCAGCGAAGGAAGAUUGGAAAUCUACACAAGGCCAAUGAGAGUGGGUGAGCUCAUGGUAGAGAACCCUGGACAAUUUGUCUGUGACUCCACCCAUCUCCAAGUAGGUCAUCGGAUUCCGGGACUUUCAGCCGACGAAGAGCUUCAACGCCGCAAACUCUACUUUCUUCUCCCCAUGGAAAUGCUAUACUCAGUCCUAACAAAUGAGGAGCUGAGCUGUGUCACACACAAGGCUUCCAAAGCAUUGAAGAAUGGAAGUUUGAACUUUGCCAAGAUUUUUCCGAUCAUCGGUGAUUUCAGCUGCAUGUUCCCUUCCGAUGCCAAGACGUCGGAUUCUUCAUCGAGCACUUCAGAGCCACUUGAGAGGUACUCGAGGCAAAGAUCGUGGGCUCCUGCUUUGGAGACCAUAGCUGAAAGUUCGCCAUUGUCAAAGAAAUAAAAAUUUGUUUGGUUUAAUUUUCUGAUAACAGUUUUUUUUUUUCAUAAAGUUUUAUGUGUAGAAUGUUCAUGAAUGUUAAAAUUACCUGGACUGACCGUUGUUACAUAGUCACGUAGAAUAAAUUCUCAGAACAUAAUUUUUUCUGUCUUAAGAGUAUCUGAAUCAGACUACUUGGGAUAGACAAAUCAAUCCCAUAUCAUC